AUGGCUAGUGAUUCGCUCCGCCACCCCUGCUGCACGGUGCUGCCGGCCGCGGUGUUGCGGGCGGCUGGGCGAGAAGCGCAGCAGGACCCGCCCCCGCUUCCCCUGCUUCUGCCCCCAGGACUCGGCGGCGGCGCGCCCGGGCUGCUGCGGGUGACCUGCGGCCGCUCCGCGGCGCUGGACCCGGCGAUCCGCGUGCCGCCGGGGCAGACGUGCGAGGUAUCGGCGCUGGAGAGCGAAGAGCCGGGUCCGCCCAGCCCCGACGCCCUCUCCCCGCGGCGCUUCCCUUGCCGCUUCGGCCAAGGCCACUGCACCCACUACGGCGCCCCCAGCACCGGCCGUUACCGCCUGCGCCUCCAGCUGCGCUCGGGCUCGCCCCGCCGCCCGCUCCUGCUCCUGGCGCUGCAGGUGGAGGUGCUGGCCCGGCCGCCGCGCCUUCGCCGCCGCCGCCACCUGCCGCUGGAGGUGGAGUCGCGGCUGGGACUCAGCCCGCCCCUGGACGGCAACGUGCUGGGCUUCCCACGGCCGCUGCCGCCUCACCGUGCGGCCCCUCCCACGGCGGCUGAGCCCUGGCCCAGCCGCGACUCCAUCCCCGCGCGGGUGGAGCUGCUGGGCGGCCCCGAGCGGGAGUACUUCCAGGUGGUCGUGCGGCUGCGGGGCGGCGCGGAGAACACGGCCUCCUCCCUGGGCUUCAGGGCGCUGCUGGUGGCCGAGGUGCAGCAGUUCGUGCUCCCCGCCCUCACUCCCGACAUGCUGGCGGCCGAGGACCUGGAGAGCCCCCCGGACCUGCUGCUCUUCAGCCUCACCACGCCCUGGCCCAGCCCCGGCGGGCGGGAAGGUGAGGAUCUCCGACUGUGGGGCUACCUACUCAGCAUGGACGAGCCCAACUCGCCGCUCACCUCCUUCACCCAGCGGGAGCGGAGGGAACUGAAGCUCGCCUACCAGCCGCCCACGGUGGACUCGGACCAGGAGUGCAUCUUCCAGGUGGAAAUAAAGGUGUUGGACCCUGAGGGCGCCUCUUCGGAGCCCUUCGCCUUCAUGGUGGUGGUGAAGCCCAUGAACACGCUGGCCCCAGUGGCUACCUUCAGCCAAGCCGCCGGCCCCCAGCUGAUGCUCUUCGAGGGGCAGGCAAGGCCUCUGUCUGGCACUCUGGAGGUAAGCGAUGAGGAUUAUCUGAGUGAGGUGAAGGUCUGGGAGACACGGGGCCUGCAACAUGGCAAGCUCAGGUUACUGGGUGCACCACCCAGCUGCAAGUACUUCACAGCAGCCAAGCUGGAGGCUGGGCAGGUUGUUUACCAGCACGAUGGCAGCGAGCACAGCUACAGUCACAACACUGUGUUCCGCAUGGAGGACGGGCAGCACCAGGUAGAGUUUCUUUUCCCCAUCAUCAUUGCCCCUGUUGAUGACCAGCCACCCCUGCUCAACGCCAACACCGGGCUGGUGCUGAGAGAGCGCCAGGCUGUCCAGCUCUCGCCCUUUGUUCUCAGUGCCACUGACAUUGAUUCUGAAGAGUCGACUAUUCGCUUUAUACUUCAGGAAGACACUGAGGAGUCUGCCCACGUCUCACGCUCCCAGCACCUGGGUAAGCUGCUCCUGUACCAGACAGAGCCACUGGCAUCCUUUGAGAGUGAAGAGGAUGUGGAGGAGGCUGGUGGUGCUUCCUCCUCCUGGUGCUUUGUGGAAAGGGAGGGUGUGUAUGAGAAGGUGGUGAGCGAAUGGCUGCAGCAAGACAUCCUGGAUGGAAGGCUGUUCUACAGGCACACAGGACCCCAUAGCACCAGUCCUGUGAUGGGCCACUUUCUGUUCCGCCUCCAGGAUGACAAUGAGCCCCCUAACCAGUCUGGGGAGCAAGUGUUCACCAUCAAAGUGCAACCAGUAGACAAUUUGCCCCCGGAACUGUACCCAGGCAUCAGCUCGAUGACAGUCUUGGAGUACCAGGUGACCUACUUCAGAAAGCGCUAUCUGCACUAAACUGACCUGGACACAGAUGAUAGCGAGUUGAAAUACACCCUGCUUACACCCCCAGCUGACAUAGAUGAGAAAUGCCCUGUACUGGCUGAAGAGAUUGUGCUGGCUGAUAACCCUCUGUUGUCCAUUAUUCAGUUCACCCAAGGCCAGGUGAACCAUCAGAAGGUGGCAUACCGGCCGCCUGACCAGGAGCUGGGUAUCACCCCAAGCGUGGUGCAGUUUAACUACAGUGUAGAGGACUCAGUGAGCAACACUGUGCUAGGGACUUUCACUCUCUUCCUGCAGCCAGUGGACAAUCAGCCACCCCGGAUCACCAACAUGGGUUUCACUGUGCUUGAGGAGAGCAACUUCCUUCUCACCAGCAGUCAGUUGGAUGCCACUGACCAGGGCACAGACACAGAUCAAAUUAUAUUAAUCUUAAACUAAGCACCCCAGCAUGGCCACCUUUGCUACCUGGAGGGGCUUAUAGUCCAGGGAGAAUCUUUCCUGCUAGAUGAUAUUGCCAGUGGGCGUAUAUCCUACCAGCACAGUGGUGAUGAGUCCACUAAUGACUCCUAUCAACUGGAAGUGAGUGAUGGCAUUCAUCAUGUGCCAAUCACUGUUAGGAUCACUGUGCAGCCAGUGGACGAUGAAAGGCCUAGUAUCACUCUACCUGGUGGUAAUGAACUGCUGGGACCCUCUAUAGAUGUGCAAGAAAAUGGUGUCACUGAGAUCACUGCUUCCCUUCUCCAGGGCACAGAUGAGGAUACUGAUGAUCUGUCACUGACUUUCUUUGUGAGGGAUCCACCCAAGCUGGGUGACAUCCUGGUAAAUUGGGUGCCCAUGGAGAGAUUCACCCAGCAAGACUUUAUCAGUGGGACAGUAGUCUAUGCUCACACUGGUGGAGAGAUUGGCCUGAAGAAGAGGUUUGACUCUUUCAAUCUGACCAUCUCUGACCUGCCCUAUGAAUGGGUGGUGGGAGGCAGCACAGUACAAGGGGUGUGUGUGUCUGUGACGCUGCCUGUGGACAGCAUUGCACCUAAAGAGAUUGUGGGGCCCAAGCUGUUCAUUGUCUCAGAGGGAGGGAAGAAAGCUCUGACUCAGCAGCAGCUGGAUACGGAGGAUGUGGAUACUCCCAUGGAUGACAUUGUGUGCACCAUCACAGUUCAGUCCACUUCUGGAUACCUGGAGAACAUCUCUCCAGCUCCUGGAUCUGAAAAGUCUAGGGCUGGCACUGCCAUUACUGCCUUCUCCAUCAAAGAUGUUCACCUGGGACAUAUCAGCUAUAUUCAGAGCAUCCACAAGGAGGUGGAGCCCUUAGAGGACAGAUUCACUUUCUGCUGCUCUGAUGGCGUCAGUGUCUCCCCACACCACUUCUUCCCGAUUAUCAUCAUCCCUACCAAUGAUGAAAAGCCUGAGCUGUUUGUGCAUGAGUUUGUGGUGCUGGAGGGAAUGAGUCUGGUUAUUGACACGCCCAUCCUCAAUGGUGCCGAUGCUGAUCUUCCCCCAGACCACCUGCACUUCAUCAGUGUUCCCCCCCAACAUGGGCGAAUUGUGCAGCAGCUGACAUCUGGUGCCAUACCCAUCCGCAACUUCACACUGGAGGAGAUCCAGGAGGCCUCCACCAUUGUUUAUGAGCAUGAUGACUCAGAGAUUAAAGAGGACAGCUUCAAAGUCCAGCUAAGUGAUGGCCAGCACACAGUGGAACAGAAAGUGCUGAUCAUGGUGAUCCUUGUGGAUGAUGAGACCCCUAGGAUGACUAUCAAUGAUGGGCUGGAGAUAGAGAUCAGUGAAUCCAAGGUCAUCACUAACAGAGACCUUAAAGCCACAGACAUAGAUUCAGAGAACAGGAACCUCACCUACGUUAUCUGCUUGGCACCCAGGCAGGGUCUUCUGCAGUAUCUGAGCAAACAUGGGGAGCCAUUAGGGAACAUUACAGUGGGUAUGAAUUUCACCCAGGAUGAUAUAGACCAGGGUUUUAUCCAUUCUGCUCAUACUGGCCAACAAGGGGUCCGUGACCUGGUUAAAUUUGAUGUCACUGAUGGCAUUAACCCCUUGAUAGACAGAUAUUUUUAUAUUACCAUCAGCAGCAUUGACAUAGUCUUCCCUGAGGUGAUUAACAAAGGGGUAACUCUGAAAGAGGGUGGGAAGGUGACACUCACAACUGACCUGCUCAGCACUAGUGACAUUAACAGCCCUGAUGAGAACCUGUGCUUCAGCAUCACCCGGGCCCCUAGCCGAGGACACUUAGAGAGCUUGGACAAUCCUGGGGUGCCUGUUGCUCCUUCCUUCUCUCAGCUCCAGCUAGCUGGCAAUAAGAUUUACUACAUCCACACUGCAGAGGAUGAAGUGAAGAUGGACAGCUUCGAGUUUGAAGUGACAGAUGGCUAUAAUCCGGUCUUCUGCACCUUCAGGGUCUCCAUUACGGACGUGGACAAUAAAAAGCCAAUUCUGACUAUCAAUGACCUUGUGGUUGAGGAAGGGAAGACCAAACUGACCCCCUUUGAGUUGACUGUGGAAGAUCAGGACACCCCUGACCAUUUGCUCCGUUUCACGGUUACCCAGGUCCCUGUCCAUGGCCAGAUUUUACGUAACAGCAGCUAUCCUGUGACCAGCUUCACCAAACUAGAUUUGAAUGAGAAUCUGAUUAGCUAUAGACCUGAUAGCACAGAAACCAGCCAGGAUAGUUUAUUGUUCACUGUGACUGAUGAGACCCACACAGACUUUUACAUUUUCCCUGAUAAUAUCCUGGAGAUUCAUCAACCCCAGCUGUUGAAGAUCCAGAUCAAUCCCCUGGACAAUGGGAUGCCACAGUUAGUGGUGAACAAAGGUGCCCCAACUCUGAGAAACCUUCCAACUGGACACUUGGGUUUCUUGAUCACCAGCAAGUCACUGAAGGCAGAAGACCGAGACAGCCCACACAAACUGCUGAAGUACAAAAUCACAGAUGGCCUAGAGCAUGGAUUCAUCAUUAAUAUUGGCCUUGGAAAUGAGAGCAUUAACACAUUUACACAAGCUGAUAUUGAUGAAAUGAAGAUCAGCUAUGUCUUGAAAGAAGGUGAUAGUUCUACCAGUGACAUCUUCUACUUCUCCAUUGAAGACAAUGCGUGGAAGGACUGGUUUAUCCUCAAUAUUCUGAUUCCCUUUCAUUCAUUUUCUCUCUCUCUCUCUCCCUCACCUCCCAAUGUAGGCUCUGCCACAGGCACAAAUCCCUCCACUGUGUUAUCCUAUUCUGACUACAUCUCCCGCCCUGAAGAUCAUACCAGGAUCAUCCACUUUGAUGAGGAUGAGAGAGAGAGAACCUGUUGCAUCAUCAUUAUUGAUGAUUCCUUGUAUGAGGAAGAUGAGACCUUCAGUGUCACACUGAGCAUGCCGAUGGGUGGGCAAAUCGGUGCUAAAUUUUCUAGCACCAAAGUGGUAAUCCUAGCUAGCACAGAGGAUGACUAUUCUGGUAACUACACUGUAAAAUGUAUCCCGUGUACUUCUGCACCUAAGCAGGAAUAUACCCUUCCUAUCAUCUGUAACCUAUGGGAACCAAUCACCUUUGAAGUGAAUAUCAGGUUCCAACAGGUCAGUGACCCAGUAGCGGCUGAGUUCAGUCUUAAUACCCAAAUGUUACUGCUGUCCAAGAAAGAGCUCUGGAUAUCCAGCGGCUCCAUGGGAUUUGGGGAAGGAACGGAUGUGGCAUUUGCUGAAGGGUCUGAAAUUUAUGGCCGAGUGAUGGUUGACCCUUUUCAGAAUUUAGGAGAUUUCACCUGUAACAUUGAGAAGGUGUUUCUGUGCACUGAGGCUGAUGGAUAUGUGCCCAAAUACACUGGGGAAUAUGGAUGCCUGGCUGACUCACCUAGCCUAUUGAACAGAUUCAAGAUCCUGAUAUGUAAAUGGUUAGAUAAAGCUCAACCCGAGACCCAGGCAGAAGUGUUUGGAAAUGUGAAGUUUCAUGCUAAAUUAGCUAUUGAUCAUGCAGAUGCUUUUCCUUUAGUAAAGCAGCCUGGUUCAGAUGGUUUCAGCCUGUCAUCCUCUCCUCUCUUCCAGGUAGCAGCAGGAUGAGAGUGGUACAUUCAUACAAUUUACAUGGUUAGCAUUCUGUCUUGACCUAACCAAGGCAUGGGGAAGAGAAGCCUAGAGCAUCACCAGACCCUGAAGCGCAGUUGGAGAGCCAAUCCUGAUGGCCCCACCAUCACGCAAGACAUUGGAACAAAUAAAAAGCAUAUAGCCCUCUACCAUUCCAGUAAAAUCACCCAGAAUGAUCAGUUUCCAGCAGGGAUGUCGGUGCCAAACAAAUCUGCUGGUCAGACCUGUGGUGAUUAUCAAAGAAGAAUUUUGUUCUACAUUUGUGUAGCCAAGAGGUAAUAGGAUCAUACACUGACCCAUUUGAAAAACAGUAAGUUAAGGGAAAAGCAAAGGCUGUAAAUGUUACUCUCAGGGUAAAUGAAUACUUACUACAAACAUGAUGCUGCUCCAUAACUAUUUUUAGGAUGUCCUGUAUUCUAUAUGGGCAUGUGUCACUGAUCUAGGCAAUUACUACUAAAGACUGCUUUGAAUUCACUUUUUAAAUUCAAGUGAUCACAGUAAAUUAUAAGCUUCUACAUGCCCAGUCAUGUGUCAAUUCUGCCUGUUAACUAUCAGCACCUAGUAAAUAGUCAAUUAAAGUCACAGCUGUGUAGUUAAGCUGAGUGGAAAUUAAAUGUACCCCGUAAGUUAUGUCCUGAUUUAAACCCUACACUAGCCUAACAGUGCAUUGGGAAAUGCCUGUCCCCCCAAAAAAGUUAGUUUCCUACUUUUGGCUGAAGGAGAACUCCAUGAUGAGUUAUGUAUUCAAAUAGAAAAGCACAGCAAUGUGUUAUCUAACACCCGCUCAAUUAUAUCAUAGAAAAAUUACAAAAAUCUGUAGCAUAAAAAGUUUGCAGUUGCUGCAAUUUUUUUUCAGCAAUCUGUGUAGUAGCAGCUAAGAAAUCUGAAAGAUAAGUUAUGUGCUCUGCUCUCAGCAAAGCCUUUUGUUCUAUGCAAACAAAAUUUAACACCUGCAAUGAAGACUUGUAUCUAUUAGAGGCCUGGCACAGGAAGACAGCUAGCUGCCAAUUUAACUUAGAAAUGUACUUAAAAGCCAUCUUAUCUUAUACAACCACUACUGUUACAGUAUUCAGAGUGAAACAGUAGUUGUAGAUGCUAAGUAUGGUACAAGAGGGGCUCCUCUUGCCUCUAUUUUCCAGACACAUACUGUACACCUUUGUACUAAAAAUGAUUGUUCCAUAUUUUUCAGAGGUGGAGAUGAUCAAUUAGCCAUUUGCAAGUAGGGAAAUGGAAAGAACACUAAAUUUAGUGUACAGUAUUAAACAAGUCAACAGUUAAUACCACAUAUCUGUGUAGUAUUUGAGAACUUGGAACAGAACAAAAUAGUGAGAAAAGACAUUGCUACAAAAUCAACCUAGUUUUUAAGUAACUUACUUAAGAAAGAGCUUAGACUAGAAAACAAUGCUUAUUUGCACAAAGUCUCACAUUCAGAAACAGCAUAUUGAUUUCUAUGGCACAUGACUCUGCCCAUCCUGCAAAGGUACUCAGUCAACAUUAGAGAGAGCCCCAAGCUGGGCCACAAUGCUGAACUCAGUUGCCUUCAAUAGAGCCACUCUAGUGGCUUUUCUUUCAGAGUAGUCACAUCAAGCAAUAAACUGAGUCAAGUUAAAACUACCUGGAAACACAUGGUUAGGAAGAAACAAUCACUUGUUUCUUGACUUACUGAAAGCUGCCUAUACAAAUACUCCUAGCUAAGGCUGUUGUCAUACUACUGAGUACAGAGCUAGUGGAAGUAAAGUUGAAUUUCUCUCACUCUAGCUUGAGAGAUGAGCUUUUUAAAUUUUGGCCUAAUCCAUAUAUUGGAAUCUUAUGGAUAUCCAGAUUUGCCACUAAUCAAGCAAUGUGUUAGGGCAAAGCAGAACACUGUAGUUACUUAUAUCACCACUUUUUGUUCAGUAAUUCCUCUAGCUUUUAGAGUAGUUCUCAAACAGCAUCUGUUGGUAGUGGUCUAUAAAUAAGUAGCAGGUCAGGAAAAGAAAACUGGAGGCCUACAAAAGUUGCUGGACACAGCAGUUGCUCCCAUUACCCACACAAAUGUCAAUCAAAAG